AGGUUUAAGUGCGCAUGCGCGGUAACGGUCGCGGGCAGUUGCCCGCCGACUUGUCCCCUGCGGAGCGGCUCGGCCGACGCCUUCCCCAGCAGCCGUUGAAGAAUGACGAGUGGGCAGGAGCGCGUGGUCGCCCUUGUGGAUAUGGACUGCUUCUUUGUACAAGUGGAGCAGAGGCAGAACCCCGAGCUGAGGAACAAGCCCUGCGCAGUUGUGCAGUACAAAUCGUGGAAGGGCGGCGGAAUAAUCGCAGUUAGCUAUGAAGCACGUGCCUUUGGAGUCACAAGAAGCAUGUGGGCAGAUGAUGCCAAGAAGUUGUGCCCAGACCUUUUAUUAGCUCAAGUUCGGGAAAUCCGUGGAAAAGCUAAUCUCACCAAGUACCGGGAGGCCAGCGUGAAAGUGAUGGAGGUGAUGUCCCGUUUCGCCGUGAUCGAACGCGGCAGCAUCGACGAGGCCUACGUCGAUCUGACCCAAGUAGUACAGGAGAGGCUGCAGAAACUGCGGGGUCAGCCAGUCCCGGCCGAUCUUCUGCCCACCACCUACGUCCAGGGGUUACCUCGUGGCUCUGGAGCGGCACAGGGAGCUCCUCAGAAAGAACAGGCCCGACAGGAAGGUCUGGGCCAGUGGCUUGAUUCCCUCCCCUUCGGCGACUCCAGCUCUCCUGACCUUAGGCUCACCGUGGGUGCAGUGAUUGUGGAGGAGAUGAGAGCAGCCAUAGAGAAGGAUACUGGCUACCAAUGCUCGGCUGGGAUUUCACACAACAAGGUCCUGGCAAAACUGGCCUGUGGGUUGAACAAGCCCAACCGCCAGACCCUGCUGUCCCAUGGAUUUGUCCCUGAGCUCUUCGACCAAAUGCCCAUUGGUAAGAUCCGUAGUCUUGGAGGAAAGCUGGGCGCCUCCAUCACCGACAACCUGGGAGUGGAAUACAUGGGUCAACUGACCCAUUUUACUGAAUCCCAGCUGCAGAGUCAUUUUGGAGAGAAGACUGGGUCGUGGCUGUUUGCCAUGUGCAGGGGAAUCGAACACGAUCCGGUGAAGCCCAGGCAGGUACCCAACACCGUUGGCUGUAGCAAGAACUUCCCAGGAAAAACCGCCCUGGCUACCGAGGAGCAGGUGCAGUGGUGGCUCUUGCAGUUAGCUCUGGAGCUGGAGGAGAGGCUGAACAAGGACCGAGACGACAACGACCGGGUGGCCACCCACCUGUCUGUCAGUGCCCGCAUACAAGGAGACAAGAGACUCAGCAGCCUACGGCGCGGCUGCCCCUUGACCCGCUACGACGCCCGGAAGAUGAGCAGCGAUGCGCUCGCUCUCAUCAGGAGCUGCAACCUGGCUGAAACCCAAGCUGCCUGGUCUCCUCCCCUCACUAUGCUUUUACUGUGCGCUCACAAGUUCUAUGCUCCUGCCCCUCCCCCCGGCGCAAGCAUCACCAGCUUCUUGAGCAGCGACGCGCCCUGUGUCCAGAAGGCAGGGGCUCCCAGUCCGGAUGCGGGACCCCCGGGCAGCAGUCCCAAAGCGGCAGCCCCCAAGAAGGGAGCCAGUGCUCUCGAAGUGCUUUUCCAGAAGGCUGCGGAGAAGCAAAGAGCCCGAGAGGCUCUCCUCACGUCUCCCCCGGCCCCCGGGGCCCGCACGACCCCCGCGGCCAGCUCGCCGCUCGAGUCCUCUUCGCCGGUCCUGGGCCGCGGCGCGGCCGGGCGGGAACCUUUCUUCAAGAGCGGGAGUCCGGAUGCCGUCAGACGGCAGGAUUUUCCCAGCGGCCCACCUCCUGUCCUCCCUCCGCCAAACUCACGGAUCUCCUCCGGCGAGAGGCAGCCCACGUCUGAAGACCCGCCCGGUAAACCCCUGCCCGCCGGAGAGCCCCCCGCCCGCUCUUCGGCCUCUCGGGUGGCUCCAGAAGCCGGGCCGCCGGCGACAGCUUCGGCCGAGUCGGCUGUGGGCCGGAGCGGGCCAGGCCAGCGGCCGGAGCUGCUCUCCUCCUUCCCCGAGUCCGCCCCGGGAGAUGGUGGCGAGGCAGCCGCGGCCCCGGGCCCCCUGGACGCCGAGGACCAAGUGUGCUGUGAGAAAUGCGGCUCCCUGGUUCUGGCGUGGGAGAUGCCGGAGCACGCAGACUAUCACUUCGCCGUGGAGCUGCAGAACUCCUUCCUGAAACCCCACCCCCUGAGCCUCCCCACCGCCACUGCCGCCUCCCCUUCCCCGACCAAAAGGAACCCCAAGAGUCCCUUGGCCUCCGCCGCCAAGCGGCCCAGGCCCAAAGGCACCCAGACAUUGGAGUCUUUUUUUAAACGGUUAACACGCUAACCCUCAGUCGAGCUCGAACCGAAGGGCUCGGUGGCCCCCUCCCGUGACCGGAGCUGUGGAAAGCGGGGCCCAUCUGGCCGAGGAGCCGACACUGAGCCUUUUUCUAAAAAAGUCCAGGGACCGGGAAUUGAUUUCCCACAGUCCAGGGUGACGAGAGAGGACCGAGCUCGGCUCCUGCCGAGUAGCUCCGAUUUAUGAUAUCUGAGCCUUCGGAGGCCACGGCGGCUAACCAGGCAACCAACGCCGGGUCCCGGUUCCAGCGGAGCACAGCGGUCGGCACUACGUUGCGGCCGCCUUGUCCGAGUGAGCGAGUCCCGCGUAUGAGAUACCUUCGCAGUUUGCUAUGUGCUGCAUCCCUGCCCGCCUACGGGCUCACUGCCCUCCGCGUCCCCAGCGGGAACGUGCCCGGUAGGGACCGGAGAUACCCCCGCCUCGGCACCGGGUGAACCGCUAGCCUCAGAAUCAUUUCCUCUGCGCAGAUUCGUCCAUUGCCCCCGACGGGACGAUCCAUUUCUCUUGGAAACCACGUGAACCAGAGCAGGACUUAAUACCGAGCUCGCCCGAAAGCGGGAGCGUGAUAAGGGUGUACCGCCCGGGAGGACCGGCUAGGGCGUUGAGUCCGUGAUGCCGAUCCCUUCCGUUGGACCGCGGCUCCGGUCCGAGUCCGUGGACGGCCUGGAGAUCCUACCCCUGCCCUUUUGGAAUUGUUUGCGGAUCCGGGUGGUCUAGGAGAGAUGGUAGUCCCGCGAGCGCUAGGCCUCUCGUCCUCGGGGCAGAACCUGGAAGGCGCACCACCGAACCCAAAGCGGGAAGUCUGGACCCGACUUCCACCCGGCGCCGAGAGGUCGAUGGUGGGAUGAGCAGGAUCCUUUAAGUCAUUUGGUUUUUCUCCAACCCUCGGGUCUUUUUAGAGAAUCUGCUGCAGGGCAGCGGGCUGUGCGUCGGUCACGUCCCUUCCGGCUAAAGUGAGAGCUUGAUUCGGCAUUUAUUGAGUAGCUUCAUUAAAAUACUUUUGCCUGCCCCCUG